CUAAGUGAAAGUUUUGUAGUUUCUUUUUGUUGUUUUUUGUCAUUUAAAUUAUGUACUUCUUGCCACUUCUGUAAGCAAAUGUAAUACCUUUUACGGCUUGGAAGAUGAAUCAGUGAAUUUAACCACUUUACCAGACUUCAUUUCUAGUGCUUUCUCCAAGUAUUUUGUCUGAAAAUCCAAAUCUCACAUCUUCUCAAUCUGGGUAUGAAUUGUGAAAUUUGCAGUCAAAUAUGAACGUGAUGGGCAGAAUUAAGAAAUUCAAGAAUCUUGAUGAAAGCAGUUACUGAAGGUGUUCACAUUUCUUUUGCAUCGAUUGCCUAACAUUUAAGAAGUUCUUUGGCUUUUGUCAGAAGAUAGAGGAGUCCGGGCGCUAAAUAAUUCACGGUCGAAACUUCUUCAACUUUCUAUGGAAUACACUAAAUCAAGAUCAGUGAGAUUUCAGGAUGAUGCUGAAGUUUCCAAGUACACAGCAAGUAAAGUAGACAAUUUGGUUAAGCUGACUUACAAGAUAGAUGGAACACAGUUCCCUGAUUCAAGCCCGAGGAUGUCCGACGCUGACGGGUCGGACAGGAUAAGCAAAUCGUUAAAAUCUAAAGUGCUAUCAAGAGUAUUUUCUGAAGACUACGAAAGAGCCAAUAAGAAAAUAUUGGAUCCCCGCGGAUCAUUAAUUCAUCGAUGGAACAAAAUGUUCUUAAUAGCGUGUUUAGUUUCUCUUUUUGUGGAUCCAUUAUUUUUUUUCAUACCAGGUGCUAAAGAUGACAUGUGUAUUGAAGUUGGAUUAGGUCUUGAAAUAUUCCUCACUGUUGUAAGGUCAUUAGCGGAUGUGUUUUACAUAGUUCAGAUAUAUGUACGGUUUCAAACAGCUUAUGUUGCUCCAUCCUCUCGUGUAUUUGGUAGAGGCGAGCUCGUAAUAGAUUCUAAAAAGAUUGCCGCUAAGUACCUAGCGAAGGAUUUCUGGAUUGACCUUGUAGCAGCAUUACCGCUUCCACAGGUGUUAAUUUGGUGUGCAUUCACUAAUCCAGGGAGUUCAACAGUGACAAAUACGAAAAACAUUCUUCGGUUCAGCAUAAUUUUCCAGUAUCUACCCCGGCUAUUUCUCAUUUUCCCACUCUCACAACAGAUUGUAAAAGCCACCGGUGUUGUGACAGAGACUGCAUGGGCGGGAGCUGCUUAUAACCUAAUGCUGUAUAUGCUGGCAAGCCAUGUUGUAGGAGCUUGCUGGUACCUCUUAGCGAUUGAACGACAAGAAUCAUGUUGGAGAACUGUCUGCCAAGUCCAGAGGGCAACUUGUCGAAGUGGAUUUUUUGAUUGUCGUAACAUGAAUAAGCCAAAUAGGGUUGAUUGGUUUACAUCGAGCAACAUCACUUCACUGUGUACUACUGUCAAUGACUACUUUAAGUUUGGAAUAUAUGGGGACGCAUUAGACUUCGAUGUGACAUCUGCGUCAUUCUUUAACAAGUACUUUUACUGUCUUUGGUGGGGUUUGAGGAACCUGAGCUCUUUAGGGCAAAAUCUUUCGACAAGCACUUACGUUGGAGAAAUAAGUUUUGCCAUCGUUAUUGCGAUUGUUGGUCUGGUGCUUUUCGCUUUGCUUAUCGGAAAUAUGCAAACUUACCUCCAAUCAACAACUGUGCGAUUAGAAGAGUGGAGAAUCAAGAGAACAGACACUGAACAAUGGAUGAGGCACAGGCAGUUACCUCAGGAAUUACGACAAUGUGUUAGAAGGUAUGAUCAAUAUAAGUGGCUGGCAACUAGAGGAGUUGAUGAAGAAACUCUUCUCAAAGGUCUCCCAAUGGAUCUUCGUCGAGACAUUAAAAGACACUUGUGUCUUGACCUAGUUCGACGAGUACCUCUCUUUGAUCAGAUGGAUGAAAGAAUGUUAGACGCAAUAUGUGAAAGACUAAAACCUGCACUUUGUACCCAAGGUACAUGCGUAGUACGCGAAGGAGAUCCAGUUAAUGAAAUGUUAUUUAUCAUCAGAGGUCACCUUGAUUCCAACACAACAAAUGGAGGUAGAACUGGUUUCUUCAACUCAUGCAGAAUUGGCCCUGGUGACUUCUGUGGAGAAGAGCUAUUAACAUGGGCGCUUGAUCCACAUCCGAGUUGUAUCCUCCCGUCAUCAACUCGAACAGUUAAGGCAAUUUCCGAAGUAGAAGCAUUUGCUCUCAUAGCAGAUGAUCUAAAAUUUGUAGCUUCUCAAUUCCGUAGACUUCACAGUAAACAACUGCGGCAUAAGUUCCGGUUCUACUCACAUCAAUGGCGAACUUGGGGAGCAUGUUUUAUACAAGCAGCGUGGCGUAGGUUUAAAAAACGGAAUUUAGCAGCUCAACUAAGGGCUAGGGAGAGUUGGAGUGAACCGUCGCCAUUGGCACCAAUAGAUUUGUCAUGUUUGCCCCCACCAGGGUCAGGUUUAGCCGUUUAUGCCGCACGAUUAGCAGCAAGCACUAGAAGAGGUGCAAAGUUAUCAUAUGGAUCAGAUUCUCCUGAUUCUCCUAAAGUUAGCUCUUUGCAGAAACCUUCUGAACCAGAUUUUGCCGUUGAAGAUUGAGAAAAAACUCGAAGGAAAUUUU